GCGCGCUGUCACCUGCACGUUCCGGCCAGCAGCUAGUCACUAGUUCGACUAUACUAGUCCUGAGCAGUAACGAGUCAAUCGGGUGUGCCAUGGCAGCCCAGCUUUCGUGUUGGUUGACUGCUUGCUCUCAAGUCGAGUCUGAAAUUGAGUUUUCUCGCGCCAAUGCAACUUCAGACAUACUCAACCGUUGAUUACUGUCCAGCUCUCUGGUCAUCCAUCCCUAUCAUUCUAUCGUUGACCGCAUGCACGAUUGUAUCAUCGUUUUGUUCGUGGUGGUAUACGUAGGCAAUGCACAUACCGCGUUCUGGUCCGUCAGGAGGGGAAAGCAUAACCUCCACUACAGGAAUUCGCGUACAUCGCGUCUGUCGGCUAUACCUGAUCAACUAGGCAGGAGUGUAGCAUACCAGCCGGUCUGGUCUGCGAUAGCACCGUGCUGCAAGGUGGGCGGGUUGAUAGCGAGAUAUGCUUCCCAGAAGCUCCCUGGCGGACUGGCCGUUUGCGGCCACGCAGGGCUGUUGAUUGAUUUGAUCUUCGAAGUUGAUUGGCGACCUGAUAAACUGACAGCAUUCCAAUCGCCGCGCGGGUCGACUCUUGUCUGUUUUUGGCACGCUUGAUGGAGUACGUAGUAGCACACGAAAGGGUAGCUAAAACGGUACCUAGCUCCCUCCACAUUCCUG